ACCACUCAAGCUGAAAUAAAAGAAAACCUAUAAUCACCAGAUUAUUAUUUAUCCAUCUCAUUUUUUUAUUUUUUUAAAACAAAAAUCUGCCUUAAUCAUUAUUACUCAACCAUGAAAGAUCAGUUUACAGGCACGAUCUUGCAAAGCGAGGCACUCGCUAAGUACAUAUUGGAAACAAGCGCCUAUCCAAGAGAGCAUGAGCAACUCAAGAAAAUAAGAAAGGCCACCGUGGACAAGUAUCAAUAUUGGAGCUUGAUGAACGUGACGGCUGAUGAAGGCCAAUUUCUUUCUAUGUUGCUAAAAAUUAUGAAUGCCAAGAAAACAAUUGAGGUUGGGGUUUUCACGGGCUACUCCCUUCUAUCAACUGCUCUUGCUCUACCCGAUGAUGGCAAAAUAAUAGCUAUUGAUCCGGAUAGAGAAGCAUUCGAGACAGGGCUGCCAUUUAUCAAGGAAGCAAACGUCGCGCACAAAAUCCAGUACAUUCAAUCCAACGCCAUGAGAGUUAUGGAGCAACUCCUUAUCAAGGCACGGACAUAUUUGGGAGAAGAAGGAACGUUCGAUUUUGCAUUUGUGGAUGCUGACAAGGAAAACUACAUAAACUACCACGAGAAGCUUAUGAAGCUGGUUAGAGUUGGGGGAAUUAUUGCCUACGACAACACCUUAUGGUCCGGGACUGUGGUGGCGCCCGAGGAUGCCGAGAUGGAAGAUUUCUUGAGGGGGUGUAGAGGACACAUUAUGGAGUUGAACACUUUCUUGGCUAAAGAUGCUCGGAUUGAAUUGGCUCAACUUUCUAUUGGGGAUGGAGUUACUCUUUGCAAGCGUCUCAAAUAGCCAUUUCAUUAAUUUGGUUUCAUCAUUUCGUGUACUAUAUUAUAUAUGAUUGCAUGUAAGAUUAAAAUUGUUGUUGUUCUUGUUGUAUUUGUAUUUCUUUGUUGCUAUGCAAGUUGACAAA